GUUUACCAAGAAUCUCUCUCCAGACAAAAUCAACCUGAGCACGCUGAAAGGGCAGGGGCAGCUCACCAACCUGGAGCUGGAUGAAGAGGUGCUGCAGAAUGUGCUGGAGCUGCCCACCUGGCUGGCCAUCACUCGGGUCUACUGCAACAAGGCGUCUAUCCGGAUCCAGUGGACAAAGCUGAAAACACACCCAAUCUGCCUGUACCUGGAUAAAGUGGAGGUAGAGAUGCGAACAUGUGAAGAGCCUCGGCCGCCCAACGGACAGUCUCCCAUUGCUCUUGCUGCAGGUCAAAGUGAAUAUGGCUUUGCUGAAAAGGUGGUGGAGGGGAUGUUUAUUGUGGUCAAUUCCAUCACCAUCAAGAUUCACUCCAAGGCCUUUCAUGCUUCUUUUGAGCUGUGGCAGCUCCAAGGCUACAGCGUCAACCCAAACUGGCAACAGAGCGACUUGCGACUCACCCGCAUUACCGAUCCGCAGAGAGGAGAGGUUUUGACAUUCAAAGAGCUCACCUGGCAGACACUUCGGAUAGAAGCAGAUGCCACUGACAAUGGCGAUCAGGAUCCUGUUACCACUCCUCUGAGACUCAUUACCAACCAAGGGAGGAUCCAGAUCUCUCUCAAGAGACGGACCAAAGACUGCAAUGUGGUGGCGUCUAAGCUGAUGUUCCUCCUUGAUGACCUGCUCUGGGUGCUGACGGACUCUCAGCUGAAAGCGAUGAUGAAAUACGCGGAGUCUCUGAGUGAAGCCAUGGAGAAGUCUGCGCAGCAGAGGAAAAGCUUGGCACCAGAGUCUGUGCAG